AUAAUGUUUGAAAGUUUAUAAAAUUGUAGUGACGAAAUGUUUUUUCCUUAAAGUUUUAAUAGAUUAUUGAUGGAAUCAUUAAUGUUCUAAAAACAAUUAAAAUAUUUCACCGAAAUCUGGUCGGAGUAGUUAUGACUAGUUCUAUAAUGCAGACCUCGUAUAUUCAUUGAAGGUUAUCAAAGAAAACAAGGUAUGAAAUAAUAAACUUGAUACAAGAUAUUUUAAUCCUUAAAUAGAUGAGUAAUUUCUUUUAAGACGUAGGCAUAUAAAUCUAAAUAAAGGUUUAAAAGAAAUAUGGCGAAUACAUAUGUGGACGAAAUAAAAGUAAAGAUAUCCGAGAAAUAUAAACCACCCUUUAGAAUCAGCAUGCCAAUGAGUUAUUCUCAAAGAUUAACAAUAAAUAAGCAAAUGCAAGAUAACAGGCCUACAUACAAUUUCCAUUUAGAACGAACCGUUUUAGAUAAAGUAAGAGAAUGGAAAGAUACAAGGAAAAACUUGACUGAGGAGAGAAAAGAUCGAUUGGAAUUAGCUAAAAAGGAAUUUGAGAAUAGGAUUCAAGAAGAAAAGCUUGAUAGAAUUGAACAAGAACAGGCUCAGGCUAGGAUUUUAGAAGAUACAACAAAAAAUGCUAGUAUAGAUCAAUCUGUUACAUCACAUUUACAGAAGACACACGAAAAUUUUACACAACCCCAUAAUUCAAUUCAACAUCAACCAAGUUUUAUAUCUAGUAAUGGAAUUCUAAUGCCAACACCUUACCUAAGCAAUCCAUCGAAUGCCAAUAUACUAAAACCCAUGCCUUUACAAAACACUAAUUUUGAAUCAAACACACAAAGGAAUGUAAAACCUUUCAAUUUAUCUGAUUUUGAAUCUGAUACAUCUAGUCCUUUUGAUAAUAUGGAAUUAAAAUCUAUAAAUGAUUUGGAAGAGUUAGCCCAAGUGCUUAAAAGUGAACAGAAUACAUUUCAAAGGAAUUUGUAUCCUAGUAGUAAUGCAGGAAUGACUGCGAGAAAUUAUAGUCAAAUAGGUUCAUCGAAUAAUAAAAAUUUUAGUAGUUAUCCACAAGUUUCAACUAAUUCAUCUUGUUACAAGAGAAAUGGUGUUAUUUCAUAUGAGUCACAACCUUAUGGACAAGAUUCUAGCAAUUAUAAUCCGUUAUUAAGCUCGUACAGUCAAAUCAAUAGUAAUAUUCCUAAUUUCAAUCAGUAUAAUGCUGUGUACAAUCCACAAACUACGUCAUAUCUUCCUAACACAACAUCAGCUUAUAAUUUUAAUGGUUACGCAUAUAAAGAACCAGAAUCGGUCUCUAGGCACUCUGUGAUGAGUUAUGGUCAAACUAGUUCAGUGGGAUCGCAAGCGAAUCUUCAAAAUACAAGCUGUAAAAGUGUCCCAGAUUUAGUAAAAUCCCUAGAAAAAGAAUUGGAGAAUUCUCAUUUGAACGAUGCUACUGCCACUGCCUCUGAUAGACCCGAAAUAAGAUCUAAACCUCAUUUUUAUACGACUAACAAUGUUCAGUUACCGGUUAGACCUAAAAGUACGGACGCAGUGUAUCCUAAGGCUAAAAAUAGAGAUGAGAUUUUUAAUCCUUAUAAUAAGUUGUCGACUGAACAGAGGGAUUUGUGUAAAGGUGUGAGCAUGAUGGGUUUUCCUUUGGACAGGGUGGCUAGGGUGUGCCUAAUUAUAGGAAAUGAUCAGAAAAAGAUUGUUGACCACCUGCUAGCGCUGUCCGACCUGUUGGACCUAGGUUUUUCCGAAAGUUCCGCGUCUGAGGCUUUGGUAAAGAACAAUAACGACAGGGACAAAGCGCUGGAUCUGCUCAUUUCAUAAGGAAACGGUUCGAGGUUUCGUUUAUUUUCUCUGGCUGUGGCGUAAUGUGUAUUAAAUAGUAAAUAUAUUUAUUUUUUGUUCGU